CAUAGUCUCUGGUGACAGAGCUGGGUGAAGUUGGUAUGCCUGAAGGCCUAGCAGGUCUGGUGUUAUCUCAGAUCUGAGGCCCAGAAAAGCUGAGACACUUACUGGAGCUGCUUCCAUUCUCCCAGUGCACAAGAUUUCCCCUGGUUUCUUCCAUCUGUGUACCACCAGCAAGCAGCUGCGCCUGAGCUCGAACCAUGGCGACGAUGGAGGUCCCGAAGACCAGAGCCAAUGUGUGGCUGAUGAUUCUCCUCGGCAUAGCCAUUUUCGCAGCCGGAGCUGGCAUAGCUACUUUUGUCAAUCUAGGGAUUACAUCCUUAGCUAGCCAGCACCAGCUAAGCCAAGCCCGUAGCGCAGUUGCUUCAGCUUCUAUCUUUGGGUCUUCAGGCAACAACCCCCACAGCAGCAUUGAAAAAGAUCCAAUGAAGCUGGACGUUGAGCUCCAGGCUCAACGAAGGAACCUUUUAGAAGCUGAUCUUGAUGAGCUGGAGGGGUUGGUGAAAGAAGAGAGCCGGAAGCAAGCGGAGCAACUCCAGUCCGGGGUGCUCUCACCAGUUGCAUCGGAGCAGACUGUGAUGGACUUGAAAAAUCAAGACGCUGCUGCGAGACACCCUGAUGGGCAAAGAAGAAGGGUGGUGCUGCUGCACAUGCAUGAAAGCAGCAAGUUCCCAGAGUUUGAGCCGAUUGGAGGGACUGCUCUUGAGAAUAAGCGCAGAUAUGCCCGGAGGUGGGGCUACGAGAUGGCCACCCAUCUUUCCAGUGGCGCAGAGGGCCUGUUGAAGGAGAUGCCGGACGGGAGUUUUGAACCUUACCCUGAGUGGUCCACUGACAAGGAUCGUCCAUACAACUUCCAAAAGUUGAAGCUGGCCAGCGCUGCUUGCGUGGGCAGGCCCGACGACACGUGGGUUCUGUGGACGGACGCAGACGCCCUGAUCAUCAACCAAUCAAUUCCAGUGGCUGCCCUUGCUGAUGACAACUUCGAUCUGGUCAUGGCUAGGGAUUGGCUCACUAUCAACUCAGGGGUCUUCUUCCUCAAGUGCAGCGCAUGGGCACGUGACUUUUUGCAAAGGGCUUAUAACGCCAGGGAGCACGACAACAACUGGCAGCUCGGCCCCGACCAAGCCGCCAUUCUGCAGGCGCUUGAAGCGCCCGGCAGCGCAGAGAAAGUCAAGUACGUGGCGAAGCACGCUUGUAACGUUUACCCAGAGGAGUACCGACCAGGCGACUACAUCGUGCAUCUGGCGGGCAAGCUGUACGCUGCCGGGAUGAAGGGGUGCCUCGCCCUGACGCGGCAGUUCGACGCACUGUCGAUCCUCGACAGCCUUCCGCACAUCGACUCGUUCUUCAACGACAAGCACUUGUUGACCCUCCCCGGAAAUCAGUUCAAGGACGGUUUCGAGAACCUUCCCGAGCUGGAGUUGGCGAGGCCGCUGAUCGACAUCAGCUACCCCGACCGGUACUGGCACAUUCGGCGCAUGUUUCCCCACUUGCAAGACUGGUACGAUCACUACGAUCCAGACGCGGUGGCGGAGCGGGAGAGGUGGACAGAGUUGAACAGGGGCGAGCUGUGAACCGCGUUUAGUAGAGUUCUUGGCUUAAUUCUUUGUGUCGCGUAUGCAGCAGGAGAAAGACUCCGCUUGAUUCAUUCAGGAUCCGACCGGAAGUCAACACGCUCUUUUCUUCUAGGGCCACCAGGAUCUGCUCGAGCCUCGCUCGAGCAUGCCUCCCGUGAAAGUCUUCCUCGGGCAACAAGUUGCUUUCAAGAAACCAAGAAGAUUGCAUUUUGGCAGCUCUGCGUCACCGGUAAUGGCGCACUGAAUGUCUGAAACUAUAGGAACAGUACGAAACGUGACCGCUACUUAGAAAUGAAGUGAGAUCCGGU